AUGGUUUAUACGCGAUCAAACUAUUUUUCGGAUAAAGAACAAAAGCAGUUGCAGAGAGAUGAAAAGAAUAAAGGUAUUAAAUCACAUAUUUUUCAGAACUGUAUCAUAUAUGUCAAUGGUUACACAAAACCAUGGAAUAGAUUGAAGUUACAUGAAGAGAUAGUUUUUCAUGGUGGUCAAUUUAAGCAUUAUUUGACCAAGCUGUCUGGUGUCACACAUAUUGUUGCCUCAAACUUGCCUUUGCAAAAAAGAAUACAAUUUCAAAAGUAUAAAGUGGUGAAGCCAGAUUGGAUCGUUGAUUCAAUCGAAAAUAAUAAAUUGUUGCCCUGGCAAGAUUAUUCGCUUUUGUCUAAUUCAGAUGAAACUCAAAGAAAACUUCUAAUAUCGAAUAGCAAUCUUACUGCUGCUUCGCUAGGUCAAAAUACAGACUGUAAUGACCCCAGUUUCAUAAGUAAUUAUUUGUCAAACUCUAGAUUACACCUUCUUUCCGACUGGAAAUCACAAUUGAGAUCAAAUUUUUUGUCUAAUAAUAGGCAUCGCCAUGUGUCUCCAAAUGAUGAAUUCAUUUAUUUAUAUAUCGAUUUCGACUCAUUUUUUGCCACUGUGGCAUAUUUAUAUAGACCACCACACUUGCUUUCUUGUCAACUUGAUAAAGAUCCAAUUGUUGUUUGUCAUGGCCAUGGAAACUCAGAUAUUGCUAGUUGUAAUUAUGUGGCUAGAAAAUAUGGUAUCCGGAAUGGCAUGUGGGUAUCACAUGCAUCUUCACUUUUGCCUAGUAGUACAAAACUGAUCACUUUGCCCUAUGAUUUCAAUGCUUUUAAACUAACUUCACGGAUCCUUUUCGAUACGUUGAACAACGAUUUCCCUUGUUUCAAUCAUCAAGUGAUCCCUAUUUCAAUUGAUGAAUGCAUUGCCUUGUUGCCCCGAUCUCCAAUGUAUUAUUCUGAUACGUUACACAAAUUGUGUCAGGACAUCAGAGAUAAAGUAUUUGAAUUAACGCAAGGCUGUACAGUCAGUAUUGGAGUCGGGCACACCCAAGUGCAAGCACGGUUGGCAUUAAAAUUGGCUAAGCCCAAUGGGAUACAUAUUAUUCUGAAUGAUUUUGAUUUUGAUGAUAUCUUCCUGUCGAAUUUAGAAGUAUCUGAUUUACCCGGGUUGGGUCCUUCAAUGCUAAACAUCUUACACUCUUUAGAUCCCACUAUUAAAACAUUAUCACAAUUAUCGGAAAAGUUCCCCACAUUGGAGUCAUUGAAGCGCAUAUUUGGUAACAAAUUGGGGAUGAAAGUAUUCUUGGCAUUGCAAGGUAAAGAUGAUGAGGAAACAAGAAGACUGGUAUAUGAUACAGAAAAUGUCUUUGCAAAGAAAACAAUUUCUUUGGAAAUUAAUUGGGGGAUCCGUUUUCAAACAAUAAAACAGAUCGAUCAGUUUUUGAAAAGGGCCUCUCUUCAUUUAAUUGAAACAAAACUGACCCCAUACAAGUAUUGUACUUCAUCUAUUACUUUAAAAAUAUUAAGAAGAAGUAAAUAUGCCCCGAUUGAUCCACCUAAAUAUUUGGGAUGUGGUAAAUGUGACUCAUUUUCUCAAAGCUCGAACUUAGGAGUACCGAGUGACGAUCCUGGAGUUAUUUGUACUGAAUUGCAGAAUCUUUUUAGAAUAUUGGCGUGUCCACCUUUGGAAUUACGUGGUGUGGGGAUCCAUUUUCAAGUAGCGAUCAAAAAUUCUGGAAAUAAUGUGCCCAAUAAGUUAGGAAUUGAUGAUGUGUUACAAAAAGAAAAUAUUUCUAAAAGAAUACAAACACCAUCUCCAAUAAUAACAGCAGGAGAAGCAGAAGUUCAACCACCAUUUUUAAUGCCACCAAAUAUACCUGGUAUUAGACUAUGUCCUGUUCAUGCAAAUAAAUCAAAGCAAAAGAGAAGACAAAUCUCACCAUUAAAAAAUUCACGUAUAUAUAAAGUGACUAAUUUUGGUCCCAACAAUGUUUUUGACGAUAUUCCUUCCACUUUUCAAAUCGAUUUUUUAAAAGAGUUACCAACUCAGAUUAGAAAUGAGAUUAAUCAGGAAAGAAGAAUUUAUUCAAAAGCUAAGAAAAGCGAGGCCGAAACUUUAAAACGAAAUAUUGCUAAGAGAGAGGUUGAAAAAUCAAAGAAGACAAGCCAUUUUAUUGGGGGAGUUUCUAUUUUUGAACCUAUUAAAUUUCAAAAUAUGGAUUCUUUUCAAAGUAUUUGUAACAUGAUUGUUCAAUGGAUAAGGGAGACAAUCACAGAUUCUACAGGUCCACAUGAAAAGGAUGUUAAACUGUUUAAGAGAUACUUGAUUAAGCUCUAUAAUACAAAUAGAGUUCAUUUGGUAUUGAGAGUUGCAAAUAUUAUCUCUACCGAAUUGAAUUUAUGUUCAACAAGAAUUAUUAAUGAUACUACAAUUACCCAAUCUUGUUUGCAACAAUGGGAUAAUAUUUUAUUUAAUGUAGUUAUUCCAAUUUUACAUCAAAAUCAUUUGACUUUUCAAUCUGAACGGAACAUCAAUAUUGAAUAUGAUGUUUAA